AUGGGUCAUAACCAAGUCAAAAUAAAUCAGCAAAUCUAUCGAGUCAAAGUCUUAAUACCUGGGCUGAUACCGUGGGCACGUAAAUCGUUCGGUUCUGAGCGUUGGACUUUCCAGCAAAACUCGGCACCAUCGCACAGACAAAUUGGAACGCAAAAUUGGUUGAAAGCGAACGUUCCAGUGCUUAUCGACCGAGAUAUGUGGCCGUCGUCAUCACCCGACUUGAAUCCGCUAGACUUUUGUAUUUGGGGUCUUUUACAGGCCACAAAACAGGCUACAAAACACACGUCGGUGAAAGCGCUCAAAGCUAGUCUUACGCGAGAAUGGAAUUGUUUAAGUGAUGACGUCGUUCGAGCAGCGUGCGCUUCAUUCAGGAAGAGACUCAAGCUUGUAGUAUAA